GCGAACGGGAGAGCCGCGGAGAGACCGGGCAGGACCGAGGGAGAGAGACCCAGGGAAAGAGAUAACUAGACACAGAGAGAAACGGCUCUAACUACAGAGAAAGAGAGGAAAAAGAGGCAGAGGGGGGUGUGACAGAUAGGGAGAUAAAACCAGAGGUAGACUCACAGACACAGUAAAAGAAGCGGUAGGCAGAAAAAUACAGAGCGAGAGAGGCAGAGAGCGAAAGAUGGAAACAGAAAGAGCGACAGAGACAGGGAGACCUGGGUAGCUGGAGAUAAAUUGAUGACGGAAAAAGAAGAGCAAGGAAGGGAAAAGGAACGGGCAGAGCGACCCCCACCCCCCAGCCUCCACCGAAAUCACAGCAUGCUUUAACUGGAAGGGACCUUGGGCCUCGCUGUCCUGCCCUUUAUUAUGUCGGUGAGGAAACUGAGGCGCAGAGAGGUCGAGUGACAAGCAAGGGCACACAGUGAAUUAGUGCCAGCACUGGGACUCAGCCAAGCUUCCCUCCGCCCAGGCCACACCCCCCACCCUGCACCGGACCACCGCUGUCUUAGAAACAGCAGGGCGCAGCUGUGGACCUGGGCACGGUGGGCCAACACCCAAGGGAAAGCCCUGCUCUCAUGAAAUGUGACCCUUCCCAGGUCAGCAUGGCUCCUGGAACUGGCUGAGAAAGCACAGGCUGGGAGGCUAGGCCAGUAGCACUCAAUCCCAGGCUCUCCUCCUCUGCUGCCCCCCCCCCCCCCCCCCCCACCGCGGUUAUCCGGCUGUCCAGACAUCCAUAGCCCCUGUCCUGCACCAGUGGGCCAGCCUGGGCUUGGGAUGGGCUGCCAGAGAGAGCACUGGACAUCAACAUCAGGCAUCCCAACCGAACAGAAUAGGGCAGCUGGAGCCCAGACCAGGCUUGCUGAAGACCAGGAGGCCUCCCUAUGCCUCAGUUUCUUCUUCUGUCAACAUGGUGGCAGUGGUGGUGAGGAGGCGCAGGCUGUGGGACCUCAGAUGAGGCGUCACUGCCCCUCUCAGAGUCUCACUUCCUUAUCUCCUCGAUGAGGUGCCGUGGCAGAUGAUCCCGCAGGCCUUACUUAGCUUCAAACAACUCCAGACUUGGAUGGGCUGAGUGAGCAGAAUGAUUGGAAUGCAAAUCCCAUUGCCAAGGAGGGUCAGAGAGUCUUUCACGGGACCCUGGCACGGGCCACGAGGAGAGACAGGAUGGAAGAGGCCCCAGGCCCCUGACUGAGGGUAGGUUGAGGAGGCAGCCAUCCAGAAGCAGGAGCGCCAUCUGCCCACAUCCGGGGCCUGACCUGUCACUGUUGAGCCUUUUAAUGCUUCUCUGAGGGAGACCACCAACCCACUGCUUCUUUCAACCACUCAUCCAAAGAGUAUGUAUCAAGCAUCUGCUGUGUGUCAGGCUAGGCAUGUUACAUUUAUUAGCUCUAGUCUUACCACCAUCCUGAAAGGUGGGUAUGGUUAUGUCCAUUUUAUAGAUAGAGAAACUGAGGCAACAGGCAGUGCAGAGAAUUGUCCGAGGUUGCUCGGCAGGAAGGGUCUUCAGUCUGCCUUCCAAACCCAUUCUCUUCUCCAUAAUGACUCCUGGACCCUCAGGUUUUUUUCACCUGUAAAUGGGAUAGGUAAUUAUACCAGAGUCAUUGAUCUGACACAAACUUCCUGGGCCCACACCCUUGGUCGUUUACUCAGCCCAUUUCAGGCCUUCCCCCUUGGCAUCUUCUGGCUCCCUAGAAGACAAGAGCUGAUUCUCCUGGCUUCCUAGGGGUGAGGGUGCAAGCUAGGUUCCAUCCUCCUGGCCACACUACCCCAGAAGCCAGCUCCCCCAAAGCCAGUCUAGAUGAGCAAGGCUCAAGAGGCCCGGUUUUCAGUGUGAAAGACUGUGUGUCCAGGGUCUGCUUGCUUCUGGCUGCCAGGCCAGACUGCUAGGCAGAUGAACGGUGAUAUUAUGAGUGAAAGAGCUUUGGAAAAGGGAAAAAGCUCUCUUUAGGGGCAGGGCAUUUAUUAUUAAUUAUGAUGAAGCUUGUUCUCACAGCACUUCAGAACGGGAAGGACCUUUAAAGAUCAGCUAACCUGAUCCUCUCAUGUUACAGAUGAGGAAACCGAGGCCCAGAGAAUAGGAAGGGGGUUGCUCAGGGUCACACAGGGAGUGAAAGGGGGCCAAGACAUAUGUCCUGUGGCUGGGGUCUCUCCUGUAGCCCCCAUAUAUAUGGGAUCAGGACACCUGCUGCCAGCGGAACACAACACAUCCUUGGCGUGCCUGGAGCCCAGGAGGGCAGCUCGGUUCUCACUCCCCUGCCCCUUUUCCCUUUCUACUCUUCAGGAGGGGAGACUGGUUGGUGGGGAGCGAUGCUGGUGCCAGUCUAGAUUUCUGAGAAGGACCUGGGUCCUGCAGACAGGAGUUCCAUCAACUCACCCUUGACCUAGGUGGGAUAGUGCCAAAGAUCUAGAAGCCUAUACCUCUCCCUCUGUCCAGGACUCAUGUGGCCUGCCUGUAUGUCCCCACCCCUGAUGGGGCUGCCUCACCUUCUGCCCAGGGCCAAAUGUCAGAAAGCAUCUCUAUCAAUCCUGUCUUUUAUAAAUGACAAAAUCUGCUCAGCGAUGGCUUCUCCAUGCUCUAUUUUUUCCCACUCCAUUGGUGACUCCAGUGGAGGAAGCCUUGGGCUGGUUAGAAAGAGAUAUUUUACAUCCCUCCAAUCAUUAUACUGGUCAGCCUCAUGUGUGAUUGUUUUCUGGAAUCUGAUGCAGCGUAGAGAACAUGGGGCAGAGAGUUGGGGGGCCUGGGCUGGGGUCCCGUCUCUUCUACCUGCUUCCCGUGGGACUCAGGGCCAGUCACUCUUUUUCCCUGGGCCUUGGUUUGCAUGUCCAUAAAUGGAGUGGUUUGGACCAGGACAUAUCUCUGCUCCCUUCAUUUAUAACAUCCCAUGACCUUCCUGGCCCGCUUCUGCUUCGCUAGUUAUUCCAAGAAUCAGGUGAAAAGAUUUAGUCACUGCUUUUAGGACUUUAGUUUGUGAGGAAAAGGGCGCAAUCAGAGGUAGGAUAAAUGGUACAGAAUUUAACUAUCAUUCGUUGCUGCGUAUUAUUAUGCACUCAACAUUAUACACAUAUUAUUUUCCAGCUUUAUCUUCCACACCAUUCCUCUCUAAGCUCUAGACACAUCUAAGUACUUUCAUGCUUUACUUCUGACUCAUGUGGCUCCCAUAAGCUGGGAUGUUGGUACUUCCUCGACUCCUCCAUUUUUUAUCUAUUGAACUCCUGUUCAGGCUUCAAGACCCAACUCAAGGGCCACUCUCUCUGUGAAGCACUCCCCAGUUACCUCCAGUCAGAACCCCCAGCACCUUUGUGCUUCCCUAGCACGUUGUCGAAGCUUCAAUUCAGCAGACGUUCCUCUUACCUAGUAGAUCGAUCAGUCCUUUAUUAUCUGUCUUCCCCACUGGCUCAUUAUCUUCUCCAGGGUGGAGUCCCUUCUUGUGCCACGCCUCGCCGCAGUGGGGAGCUCGGUGCUUUGCACAUCAGAGUUGCUCUUAUGUUUGUCGUGUAUUCAGUACAUGGUGAAGUCCUUAAAGCCUCCUACACCUGCGGGGUUAGAGAUCGGUGUCAGCGGGGACAGGAGCACGGAGAGCAGAGUCUGGAGGGAGAAAAAUCCACGCAAUUUGCUUCUGUGACUCUUUGCCAACAGACACUUCUAAAGUUGGAGCAAGCCCUGCCUGGCUUAAGGAGAGAAGGCAAGACCCAUGUCAACCCUUUUAGAGACCGAAUCUGCAAAGUGUUCUCCCACGAUGAUGUGUUCUCCUUUGAGGAUGUCCUGGGUAUGGCAUCUGUUUUCAGUGAGCAGGCUUGCCCCAGCCUGAAGAUCGAGUAUGCCUUUCGCAUCUACGAUUUUAACGAGAACGGCUUCAUUGACGACGAGGACCUACGGAAGGUUGUCCUCCGACUGCUCAACAGCGACGACGUGUCGGAGGACCUGCUGACCGACGUCACGAACCAUAAUCUUAAUUCCCUUCCGGGGUCCCCAAGAGCAGGUGCCCGAGCCACCCACACUGCAGUCACCGCAGGCAGGUGGCCCAACGGAGGCUUAGCAUCAGAUGGACACAUCACAACGUCCCCUGGCCCACAUUAUCCCAGCACAACACAAUGCCCGGAUGUCCUACAGUGACAGCCCCCAGUGUGACAGGCCGUGAAAACAGCCUUGUGAAUCUGUUUGUCCUAAGACCAUGAGAACCUUCAAGUGCUUUUGGUCUAGGUCGAAACCAGAAGCAAAGAUAAAACCAGGAGGGGUCAUCACUGCCUCCUCGACCUGACUGGGCCCCUUGCCCUACAGAGCCCCUGCCUGUGUCUGGGUGACAGGUGGGGGUGGGGGAAGCCACCCUGUUCGCCUCCCUGACCAUUUCCACUGCCACGUUUGUGUUAGAGGCACCAAGGGGACUCUUCCACAAUGAGACGAGCCCAUGAAGUCCCAGGCUUCAGCGCACAUAAGCUUGAA